AUGGAAGCACGGGAUCCCCGCCCCCACCCUGCUGUGUCUCAGGCCACGGACUGUGCAGGCUACUUGAAGGAGCCUAAAGCCAAAAGGAAGGACUCUGGAAAAUGCUUCCCCGGCCUCUCUGGAAACCCCCUGAAACUCCCAGACCCCGGCCCCUUCCCACGCCGCCUCCUGGGGACCCCCUGGAGAGAGGCCCAACCCUACCUGGCAACCAAUGACGUCACGCCCGACUGCUACCUGGCAGCCAAUGACGUCAUGCCUGAACUCUACCUGGCAACAGAUGACGCGGCCGGCUCCAGGACCAAUAGCCGAGCUCCAGGGCUCGGCCGACCCCUGCACCUGACCAUCUCUGCACCCCAGGAUGGGGGGGUCACGGGGACCCCAGGGUUGGGGCUGCCACCCGUCCCGCGUCCCCAGGCCCUGGUGGACGACACGGAGGAUGUGUCCCUGGACUUCGGCAACGAAGAGGAGCUGGCCUUCAGGAAGGCGAAGAUCAGGCACCCGCUGGCCACCUUCUUCCACCUGUUCUUCCGAGUGAGCGCCAUCGUCACCUACGUGGGCUGCGACUGGUUCAGCAGCAGCUUUGUGGGCUGCUUUGUCACCGUGCUGCUUCUCCUGGCCUUUGACUUCUGGUCGGUGAAGAAUGUAACCGGAAGACUUCUGGUGGGCCUACGGUGGUGGAACCAGAUAGAUGAGGACGGGAGGAGCCACUGGGUGUUUGAAGCCAGAAAGGCCUCCCCUCACCACGUGGCCACCACGGAGGCCGAGGCGCGCAUCUUCUGGCUGGGUCUCAUCAUCUGCCCCCUCAUCUGGAUGGUGUUCUUCUUCACUACCUUGUUCUCCCUGAAGUUGAAGUGGCUGGCCCUCGUGGUGGCCGGGAUCUCACUGCAAGCUGCCAACCUCUAUGGCUACAUCCUUUGCAAGAUGGGCGGCGACAGCGACCUCAGCAAGGUGGCGGCCAGCUUUCUGUCGCAGACAGUGUUCCAGACGGCCUCUCCAGGGGACUUCCAGAAGCCGGGGCUCGGGCUAGAGAUCCAUCAGCGUUAGGAAGCCUUGAGAUUCGCUGGCAUGUGAGCCUGGCCUGGAGAUGACGAUGUGUGGUAACACCCACCACACGCGGACCUCUGUCAUAUGGUGACUCGGGCUCCUCCAGAGAUUUCUGACGGACCCCCAGCUGACCAUGUGCACUGACCCCAGAGUGAAGCCCAGCAUGAAGCUCUGCCUCCGCUAGAUUCUUCGGAUGCUACGCCAGCAAAGAAUAUCGGUCUAUGAGCUACAAGUAUUUACUGUCUGCAUCCCUUGAUUGACAGUUUGGCAAUUCUGGUUUUAACAACAGCCCCAGACCCCAAAAAGUACCUCGUAAAAUCUGAGGCCUAACCCACAGCUUUCCUGAGACACGCAGAACACACCAUACAAUCUGUGCGUGGAUAGCGUUAGUGGCUGCUGUAUAUUCGUAGAGCUGCGUGCCCACACCACAAGCAACGUGAAGCCAUCAACUUCUGUGCCUCCAACAAGAAACCAUGCCCCC